CGAAAUUUCUCUUCGCCCAUAUUUUUUUUAUCUUCCAUCCUCUUCUUGUUAUUGACGGAAGCUUACAUUGUUCUCGCGCUAUCCUUAGACUUUUUCCACUUCUGUUUGAUAUUGAAUCUACAUAACCCUAACUGUUUGUAUAUAUCAUCAACCACUCAAAGCAGUAGCCGGACUGCUCUUUUCUGCCCGACAUCUACGGACAUUUUACUUCGUCAACGACAUUUCUUUAUAAUCAGUUGCAAUGGGUUGGUUUUGGGCUGACGGAAACGCUUCCGCCGCUGCGCCGGUCGUCCCUCCGUCGCAUAAGAAUCUUGCCGCCAGCGGUGCUGUUCCUCCUCCUUCCUGCCCUAUGCACAACAAGACCAUGGACGCCUUGAGCGCCCACAAGCCCGUAACACCAGCACCCGAACCGACUCCCGCCGCCGCUCCCCCUUCCAAGUGCCCCGUCAACCAUGGCGCCAAGGAUACCCUCGCCGCUGCGGCCGCCGCCGUUGCGCCCAAGCAGCCCCAGCCAGAAAACCAUCAACCCGCCGCCGCCUCCGAGUCUUCCUUCUUUUCCAAGCUCAACCCCCUCAACUACAUGUUCUCCUCCAUCUCCCAAGAGCCUGCGCCCAACCAGGCCAUCGCUCUCCCGACUGAGCGCGACCCUUCCUCCAUCCCCAAGGGCACCGGCGACGGCAACUGGGAGUACCCUUCUCCCCAGCAGAUGUACAACGCUCUCCUGCGCAAGGGCUACACCGACACCGACAUUACCGCCGUGGAGAGCAUGGUGGCCGUACACAAUUUCCUGAACGAGGGCGCGUGGAACGAGAUUGUCGAGUGGGAGCGCCGGUUCGGCAAGGGUCUCAUGCGCGGCUGGGAGAUUAUGAAGCGCGGCGAGGAGAACGCGCCCAUGAUGUUGCGUCGGCUGGAGGCGCAGGAGAAUGACCCCGAGCCCCAGCCGACGCUGAUCCGAUUCCAGGGCAGGCCGAAGGAUAUGACGCCCAAGGCGGCCUUGUUGCAGGUUUUGGGCAGGAUAAACUCCAAGUAUGCCACCGAACCUCCCUUUGAUCGCCAUGACUGGUAUGUCUCCCGCGACGAAAACGGCCAGAAGAAGGAGGUCCGCUACGUGAUCGACUUCUACUCUGCUCCUCCUGAGCCCACUGGCGAGCCCGUUUUCUACCUCGACGUCAGACCUGCCGUAACGGUUACUGGUGCUUGCGAGCGCUUGUUGAGGUGGGGUGGCGAUGUGUGGUGGAAGGCUUCCGGCGGAGAGGUCCGGGAGCGGGAGAGAAGCAAGUAAAGACGCAAGUCUGUGGUUAAGUGAGUAGUGACAGCUCAGCUUUGCUGCGCAACACUCAAAGACUUUUGUGGAAAAAAAGAAAAUGAGUUGGGUGGACGGGCGUGGGUGUCGGCGUGGGCGUGCAAAGGAUGUGAUGGUGGAC